GACUAAAUUUCAUUCGAUAACAGACAUAAAUUUGCACAUCUCUACAUUCACUUUCGGAGAUUAAUCCAGAAAAAACAAAACCAACUUGUUUGUUUAGAUCAAUCCUACGCACUUCAGAGGUAAAUAAUUAAACUAAGUGAACCAUUUGAGGACAGGAUAAUCGACUGUCCUUUUGAAAUUUAUUAUAUUACGGUGCUUCCCCGGUAAUUUCGAGAAUCGUUCAAUAGAGUGAGUCACCGUUUUUGCUGGCAAAGCGGUCUCUGAUUUAGCAAGUCCUUAGCAAAUCCCUAGAGAACAAGGAACACGCACCUGCGAAAAUGUCCUGGCAGAGUGUCCCCCAGUACCCCCAGUACCAAGACCCUAAUCAGCAGUACAACUACGGAGGGGGUUAUCCUCCUCAAGGCGGCUAUGGAGGCUAUCCACCGCAGGGCCCGCCUCAAGGAUAUCCGCCCUACGCCCAGGGUGGCGCACAGCCGUAUCCACAGGGCCCGUACGGCCAACCCUAUGGACAGGGGCCUCCGCCGGGCGGCUAUGCCCCCCAGCCGGGCUUCAUCCAGCCACCACCGUCAGCCGGUGGCUAUGGAGCCUACGAUGACCCCGAGAGUCAGCCCAAAAACUUCUCAUUCGACGACCAGAGCAUUCGACGCGGAUUCAUUCGCAAGGUGUAUCUCAUUUUGAUGGGUCAACUCCUGAUUACUUUUGGAGCGGUAGCCUUGUUCGUUUUCCACGAUGGUACCAAGCAGUUUGCUAGGAACAACAUGUGGCUCUUCUGGGUAUCGCUGGGAGUGCUUUUCGUGACCAUGAUCUGCAUGGCCUGCUGCGAGAGCGUACGCCGAACUUUCCCGACAAACUUUAUAUUCCUGGGACUCUUCACAGCAGCACAAUCGUUCUUGAUGGGAGUCUCUGCCUCUCGCUAUGCUCCCCAAGAGGUCCUCUUGGCUGUGGGUAUAACGGCUGCGGUUUGCUUGGCCCUUACUCUUUUCGCCUGGCAGACGAAGUACGACUUCACCAUGAUGGGAGGAAUUCUAGUUGCCUGCAUGGUGGUGUUCCUCAUCUUUGGAAUCGUCGCUAUAUUCAUUAAGGGAAAGAUUAUUACACUGGUAUACGCUUCGAUUGGAGCGCUGCUCUUCUCCGUGUACCUCAUCUACGACACCCAGCUGAUGAUGGGCGGCGAGCACAAGUAUUCGAUCAGUCCCGAGGAGUACAUCUUCGCGGCCCUCAACCUAUACCUGGACAUCAUCAAUAUCUUCAUGUACAUUCUGACUAUAAUUGGCGCGUCACGCGACUAAGUACAGCCGCUCUAUUUCCAAAUAUUGUUUACAGUUUACAACCGGGUUUAGCUUUAGCCGGAAUAUGAAUACGACGAAUAUUGUUAUGCGUAAUCUCAUCGGUAUUUAAACCUUCCCCCAGUGAAGGCGCUCUUCAACUUACGCAUUACUCAAAUACCUAUGAUCUAUCUAUUUCGCGUUCUGUUGGCCUAUUUCCGGUUUCCUUCUAGUUAUAAAUGUCAGUUAAGUCAUUCAGUCAAAUGAACUUACUUUUCGUUAUAUAUUUGUGCUUAAGUUGAGGUAUCAAUAUUAAGGAUAUUUUCUAAAUUCUAAAAAAAUAAACAAAAUUAUGUACGUUUACCAAAUGAUAUGCCAUUCGCAAAUACACAAAAAUCAACAAUAAUAAUAUAUAAAAUCUAUAUUUAUGUGAGAGUAUAUGUGCAAGUUGGCUUGCCGUUGUUAAACAGAAUAAUAACACAGUUUAUGAAAUCCCCGAUUUAAGAUUUACGAAAGAAAUACCGAACAUUGUAACGCGUGCAGCGACACUGAGUUUAAAGUCAACAAUAAAGUGCAUCUAUUUAUUAAA